UUCCCUUUCCUCUUCCUCCUUCCUCCAGACAGGAACUGAGACGGCCCCGCAGCCGGACAGGACUUCCAUUCUCCACGCCAACGGUUCUCUUCUCUCUAGGGUUUAGAAGCCAUGUACAGGACUGCAGCUUCACGCCUUAGGUCCCUCGAGUUUUCAUUGCUUAGUUGUUCAUCAUCACUUGAUAGGAUCGAAUUGGAGGUGUGAGGACUAGGAGGUAUGCUACCUCGACAGCGGUUGUUUCUAAUUCAACCUCAUCAGGCUUGUUUAGCUGGUUAACUGGAGAAAGGUCCAGCGCUCUCCCUCCUCUGCAAAUACCGCUAUUGGGAAUUUCCCCCGCACCGGUACUUCCAGACCAUGUCAAACCAAGCAAGACCGAGAUCACCACUCUUCCUAAUGGAGUCAAAAUAGCCUCAGAAACUUCUGCAAGCCCUGCAGCCUCAAUAGGAUUGUACAUUGAUUGCGGUUCUAUAUAUGAAGUGCCCUUGACUUCUGGGGCCACUCAUCUCUUGGAGAGAAUGGCAUUCAAGAGCACAAGGAACCGGAGUCACCUAAGGAUUGUAAGGGAAGUUGAGGCCAUUGGAGGUAACGUUGCAGCUUCUGGCUCACGGGAGCAGAUGGGUUACACCUUCGAUGCCUUAAAGACCUAUAUUCCCGAGAUGGUGGAAUUGCUCAUUGACAGCGUGAGGAACCCUGUGUUCUUGGAUUGGGAAGUUAAUGAGGAGAUCCGAAAGGUGAAAGCGGAGCUCGCUGAACUUUCUAACAAUCCCCAAGGCCUACUUUUGGAGGCGAUUCAUUCUGCUGGCUAUGCUGGUGCAUUGGCAAAUCCUCUUCUGGCCCCUGAAUCAGCACUUGACCGAUUAGAUGGAAGCCUUUUGGAGGAUUUUGUGGCUGAGAACUACACUGCUCCUAGGAUGGUUCUUGCUGUGUCAGGAGUUGAACACGGAGAGCUUUUGUCCAUUGCAGAGCCGCUCCUUUCUGACCUCCCAAAUGUCGCCUUCCCUUCAGAACCAGAGUCAAGAUAUGUUGGAGGAGAUCUCCGGCAACAUGCUGAUACGGGGAAUACUCAUGUCGCUCUUGCUUUUGAACUCCCGGGUGGGUGGCUAAAGGAAAGGGAUGCUGUCAUCUUGACUGUUAUUCAGAUGCUUAUGGGAGGUGGCGGUUCAUUCUCUGCUGGUGGCCCUGGGAAGGGGAUGCAUUCACGGCUCUAUCUUCGAGUGUUGAAUGAGUAUCAACAGAUUCAGUCUUUCUCAGCAUUCAACAGCAUCUUCAACAAAACAGGACUAUUUGGAAUCUAUGCUAGCACGAGCUCAGACUUCGUUGCAAAAGCAGUAGAUGUAGCUGCUACUGAACUAAUUGCCCUUGCAACACCUGGACAAGUUACAGCGGUGCAACUUAACCGUGCAAAGGAGUCCACGAAGUCUGCUGUCUUAAUGAACCUGGAAUCCCGAAUGAUCGUAUCUGAAGACAUAGGGAGGCAGAUCUUGACUUUUGGGGAGAGGAAACCUGUGGAGCAUUUCCUCAAAGAUGUGGAGUCAAUCACCUUGGAGGAUGUUACGAAUCUUGCUCGAAGAAUCCUCUCCUCUCCUUUGACAAUGGCAUCUUAUGGAGAUGUUAUAAAUGUUCCGAGCUACGAAUCAGUCAGCAGCAGAUUUCAUGGAAAAUGAGAGACUGGUGCGUGGUUCAGCUAGCUCAAGCAUAGUUUUUUGGCCUUGCUCAUAAUUUUGAGUGAGGCACUCGGCAUUUCACUGAAGUUGCAAUAAUGUUCUUGAGGAAGGUUCAGGAACCGAAAAGACACCAUGCCUAUUUUUUUGGCUUGGGGCAUCAUACUUGUUGCCUUAUCUCCACAAUGUUCCUUUUUUUCAAUAGUUACGUUAUGAUAAUUGGUAUAGAAAAGUCUAUUGUGGGGACAUCUAGUUUUAUAUCAUAGUAUUUUAGAUGUCCAUUACAUGUUAGGAUCAUUGACAAAAUAGUCAGAUAGAUGGGCCUACGCUGAUUACCCAUUCCAAUGGUAUAUUUGAUCGGCCUUGCACAUUAGAAAACGCAUGGGAGGGAUGCUUAAAUGGAGCUGCGGCCUAAGAACACGGCAUCGCCUUCGAGCGUCUUCACCUCGUUUCGCACCAAUAAUUCCCAGCUCGAGGCAUUGUACCCCUGGACGGUGGUGUUAAGGGAUAAUAUACCUUCUAUCCAAUUUCUUGUCAUUGAAUAGUACAAGAAUCAAUAAUUAUUAUGUAAUAUAUAAAUUUCAAGGCUUAACA